AGCAGUAUCACGCUCUAGUAACUCGUGUGUCAUCAAGCACGAUACGCCACACCGAUACCGUGAUACUCUCGACUGCUAACACAACUACUAGAUGUACUGUGGUGCAGCAGCUAGAGCGGUUGUGAAACUUUUAUGAUGGGCGCCCGAAGCGCAGAAAGAGUUAUGCCUCCAAUCAGUCAUGCAGCUUCAGAUGCACUAUGGAAUAGAGCUUGCUCAGCCGCUGACGCGAGCACGUCUGGCCGCAGCCAUCGCGUCGAUGACGACGAGAACGUUGUUGUUUUGUUAAGCGAGGAAACGGCGGCUAGUGAAGCGGCGCCACUUGUUCCCCAUAACGCUGUCAAGCUAGCUUUUUGUGGAGGAAUCUCCGGCGCUUUGGCAAAGACGUGCACUGCUCCGUUAGCGCGUCUCACAAUCCUUUACCAGGUGCAAGCUUUUACGCAUACUGGACCAGGCGUCGCGGCUAGGCAGCUUGGAGUGGUAGCCGCACUCCGCCACGUUGUCGCGACGGAGGGCGUGCUCUCCCUAUGGAAGGGCAAUCUGGUCACCAUUCUGCACCGGAUACCAUACUCUGCAACCAACUUCUUUACCUACGAGGCCACUAAGAAGGCGUUAGAGGGGCGGUUAGCCAACGACGUGGCGCGCGCCUGGGCCGCAGGCGCUAUUUCCGGUCUGGUAGCAUGCACGGCGGCCUACCCCCUCGACCUCCUGCGCACCCGCAUAGCCGCGGAAACCGCCGUACAUGGACAGCCCCAGCACUACCGCCACAUCCCCUCAGCCCUGGGCCGCAUCGUGUCGGAGCAAGGCGUUAGGGGCCUCUACAAGGGCCUCGGCGCCACCCUGGUGCAGGUGGUGCCCGGUCUCGCCUUCAACUUCUGCUUUUACGACACCUUCAAGCGCGUCGCAAUGAAGCAGCAGCAGCUCUACCAGCUCUACCGGCAGCAGCAGCAGCUCCUGGUGAUGGAGGUGCCGCUGUCACAUCGGGAGCAGCAGCAGCAGCGGGGGCACCUGCAGCUGCCGCAGCAACUGGGUUUGGAAAGGCUAGCUGCGCUGGUCGGCAUGGGCAGCGUAAGCAGCAACAUGACAAACAUCCUCAGCGGCUACAGCAGCAGCCUAAGCGGCACUGGUAGCAGCAGCUUGAGCAGUAGCGGCAGCAGCUGCAACAGCAGUGGCCGGGCGUUUGCGGAUGACAGCAAGUGUGAGGGCGGCCGGUGUCGGGGAGGGAGCGGCAGCCAGGCGGGUUGCGGGACGCAGGCGGAGAGUCAAGCUUCAACACAGCCCACGGCGCUCACAAGUGCGUUGUGCGCGUGUGCUGCGGGACUCUGCACGUCCACGCUGACCUUCCCUCUCGACGUGGUGCGGCGAAGACUGCAGGUGUACGAGCGCGGUCCGUUGGGUCGGCUGCGCUACCAGGAUGUCGUACGGGCUGUGUAUGCGGAGGGCGGUGUGGCGGCGUUUUACCGCGGCAUGGGUCCCGAGUAUGCCAAGGUGCUGCCGGGCAUGGCCAUUGCCUUCUCGGCGUAUGAGGGGCUGAAGCGGCUGACGGGGGCCGCCACUUGAGGGAGGCGGGGAAGGGUGAAGUCAGGGGUGCUGUGAAGCGGGAGUGGUCAAGCGGAGCACGCCGCUUGGAGGUGUCAGCUGUGGUGUGCGGGAAAUCAGCUAGGGGCCGCUGUGCGGUGGUGUGUGGGAAGGCGACGGUUGCGUGUGGGCUAUAGGUGGAGAGCGGUUGGGCGGGAUGGAAACAGUGCAGCAGCAGCGGCAGCUUGGGAGCUGGGCUGCAGGGAGGUGGAGGACGCGGACGUGAGCUCUGGGUCCGUGGGCCGUAACCGGUACCCGUGUAGGGCUGCGGCCUUGUAUGGCGUUGAACUCGUCGGGCCUGGGGCGGCCUAUGUCGGUUAUGGAGCGUGGACCUCACCAACUUCUUUUACGCUUGCUUGCGUGGUAUCAUUUUAGUGGUGUAGCGCGCCUGCGGAAUGAGGGGGCGGUGGAGGCAUGUGAAGCUGCUAUCUGUGGUCGGGGCUGUGACCCGUGUGAGCGAUUUGAUGCAGGAGUGGGGCGUGCCGUGCAUGGUGGUAGUGAUUCGCCCGUGCAUGGGUGUCUGCAUGGACGUCUAGGGGGCGGAAGCAUGUAGCUGCAAGCAAGGCGCAUGUCAUGGACACCUGUCGGGCAUCAUGACGACUAUGUUAAUCGCCCCCAUCACCGCAGCUUGGAAGGCGUGGGGCCGCGCCUUUUCCUCAAUUCGUGUCUUCAUGUAGAUCUCUGCUGCAUGACGUUGCUGCUGCUGCUUCCGUGCGCAUGGGGGGCUGUCUGGCGGUGCGGUUGUUCGCGUGUCCGUGUGUGGAGGUGAGGGGUCGCAUACCGGUAUGUUUACUUGUGCGAUUACGGUAGCUUGAAGCGCGCAGGUGCGAACGCGCGGGGCUGGCUGUCAUUUCUUUCUUACCUACGGAGCCCCAGAGACAAAACUGGUGGUGCUUGGUAGACGUUUUGGGUUCGUCGUGCCCUAGGUGGGAAAAGGUACCGGGUAAGGAUGGCGGUACGGUAAGGACGGUGACGUUGGGAGCAUGCGGUGCAACCUUAUUGAUUAGGCGUUAGAUGGGUCGCGACUCUGUGGUUGUCCAAGGAAAGCGGUGGUGUGGUGGUGUCGUCGCAGUGUGUGGAGUAUGAUGGAGAUGCGGAGAUGGCGCCGUGGGGUCUUUGUGGCGUCUUCCCAAGGACCUUCCAGUCCAUGAUAUCUACGGAUUUGGGCCCUUUUCAUAGCGGCUCAACAGCAACAUGACAGUGUCUGAAUAGCGGUACGACAGUGUGCCGCUUGGGAAGUGGGUAUUUUCUUGCCGAGCAGGGCACCGUUAUUAGCGCACGGUAUCUGUGCGGGCUGUCCGGCGAUGACCCAUGGGUCGGUUGUACCGGUCUCACCUGCUUUUUGUUCCAUCCUACUAAACAGACUUCACUGCGGCACCCCAUCGUGGGGUUGCCGCCUUUUACACACGCUCGUUGUUUGUUGAGCCGAGCUGGUACAAGAAAGGUGGACUGCUGGAAUGGACUCUUUAGGGGGAAUUUCUCUUGUUGGGAUUGCAACAUCGGGGAGGAGGCAUGGAGAAUAGAGACGGCGAGAGGAGGAUGACUGGAUGAGGACUGCGCCUCUUUUCUAUGGUGACGAUGUGGGUCGGUGCGGAUGGAUGAAAGGAAUUGUCUCAUGUAGCUCUAGUUACUUCACUUGGACGUGGCUUUUCAUGUAUUCUUUCCUAUGUUGCAUCUCUCAGGUAGUGUUUUUGGGACGGUGCUGCCCUGUUGCCUCUGUGCGCGGUGGGUGCGGAGCCAACUGCCUGCUUAGCAUCCUCUUUACCAAAAUUGCGCUCAACAGUUGGACUCGAUAGAGUGCGAUGGUGGACAGGCACGAGUGUCGCGAAUCGGCUGCCAGGACAGUCCUAGGGGGUCGGUUCAAGUGGUGUGUGAGCAUUUGUGCGAAUAACAUGCGAAGCAUGAAGGAUAGCAUUGCUGGCUUUGGUGGAUUCGGCUGUGCACGUUUCACGGGUUCCAGAAAGGACAGGAUCUCUUGCAUGGCCCUCCUUGUCCUGUGGUGUCCGGAAAUAGUUUCUAUGCGGCGUUUUCCAGCAACCUGGUAAGUGGGAGAAGGCUGAGGACUUGACACGCAGACAGGACGAUGCGUACCGAGUUACGCGAAAAUCUAUGAACGUGGCUUGGCAAUAAGCCCCCCAGGGCCGUACAACACUUGUAGACAUCCGAG